AUGGCGAUGGGGCUGAUGUGCCGGCGGCCUGGGCUUCUGUUCCUAUUACGGGCUAAGCGUCAGUUCCACAGCAUCACGGUGCCAUCACGCUGGCCCCGCAAACCGCUGAACACAAGACUCCUGUUCCCAGCCGGCCAGCGCUGCGGGCGCCCGCGCUGCGUCCUCCUUGCAGUCCCCAGCCCUCGCUGCCUUAGUACAUCUGUCAUCUCUUUUGCAGAAGCCCAGGGGCAAGCUUCUCCUCCAGUUGUUCCUGUAACUUCCUCACCUACAGCAGUGACUGAAGUGCUACCUGGAGAGACUGCAGAUAUUGUCCAAGCUGCUGCAGAACAGAGCUUCGCUGAACUGGGGCUUGGGUCAUACACCCCAGUGGGACUGAUCCAGAACUUCCUGGAAUUUAUGCAUGUUGACUUGGGCCUACCAUGGUGGGGAGCCAUUGCAACAUGCACAGUUGUUGCCCGCUGCCUGAUUUUUCCUCUCAUCGUGAAGGGCCAGCGAGAAGCAGCCAAGAUCCACAACCACUUGCCAGAAAUCCAGAAGUUUUCCACUCGAAUUAGAGAAGCUAAAUUGGCAGGAGACCAUGCUGAGUUUUACAGGGCCUCCACAGAGAUGAACCUUUACCAGAAAAAGCAUGAUGUGAGUCUCUUCAGACCUCUCAUUCUACCUCUAACUCAGGCACCGAUCUUCAUUUCCUUCUUCAUUGCCUUGAGAGAAAUGGCCAACCUUCCAGUACCCAGCCUGCAGACAGGUGGCCUUUUGUGGUUCCAGGAUCUCACAGUAUUUGACCCCACCUAUGUAUUACCUCUGGUGGUCACUGCCACAAUGUGGGGGGUUCUUGAGCUUGGUGCUGAAACAGGUAUGCAAAGUUCUGACCUUCAGUGGAUGAGAAAUAUUAUUAGGGUGAUGCCUUUUGCAGUCCUGCCCAUAACCAUCCAUUUCCCCACGGCAGUGUUCGUGUAUUGGCUCUCCUCCAACCUGUUUUCCCUGGGCCAGAUGGCCUGUCUCCGGAUCCCCGCUGUACGCACUGUACUUAAAAUCCCCCAGCGCGUGGUGCAUGACCCUGCCAAAUUGGCACCACGAGAAGGCUUUAUAAAGAGCUUCAAGCAAGGUUGGAAGAAUGCCGAACUAGCACAUCAAAUGCGAGAGCGUGAGCGACGCAUGCAGAGUCACUUGGACCUAGCUGCCAAGGGUCCCUUACGACAGACCUUUGCCCACAAUCCUCUGCUACAACAUGGAAAGAGUAGCCCUCCCACCACCCCUGACAGCAGAAGCAGCAAACCAAAGUCAAAGAAGCCCUGGCAGGACACGCUUGGCUGA